AUGGCUACUACCAAUGGCGUGAACGGGGUGAACGGUGCUAACGGGGUGAAUGGUACACAUAAAUCAGCUCUCGUGUCUGUUGACGAAUUCUUGCAACAAAGCUUCGACUAUGUCAUCUGUGGUGGAGGAACAGCAGGUCUGACCAUUGCUGCUCGCUUGACGGAAAACCCUGAUGUCACCGUCGGAGUGAUUGAGGCUGGCAAAAAUCGCCUUGGGGACCCUUUGGUUGAUACACCAGCCGCAUUUAUUCAAAUGCUGGGUAACAAAGACUAUGACUGGGUCUACAACACAGUGCCUCAAGCCGGCAACAAGAACAAAAUCCAUCAUCUGCCUCGAGGAAAGCUUCUUGGUGGCUCAAGUGGUAUCAACUAUAUGAUGUAUGUCCGCGGAUCGGAUGCGGACUACAAUGAUUGGGCGGAUUUGGCCGAUGACUCAAGCUGGUCAGCCGCAGAAAUGAAACAGUAUAUGCGCAAACAUCAAACAUUGGAGCCCGUAGAUCCCCGAAUCACCGAUCGAACAUGCAUGCCGUUUGUUGGGGAGAAUCAUGGCACCAGUGGUCCAGUCCGUACUAGCUUUAACGAGUCGAAACUACCCAUUGAAGAUGACAUUGUCAAGGCUGCUGAUCAGGCAACUGGGUUCACCAAGAAGCCCAUUGAUCCUUGGAGUGGGGACCACAUCGGGUUCUUCAACACCCUUGGUGCAGUCAUCCGAACAGGCCCGAACAAAGGCAAACGAAGCUAUGCUGCUCGAGGAUACUUCCAAGCAAAUGAAGGACGAUCGAACUUGAAAGUUAUCACAGAGUCAUUGGUGUCUCAGGUCGUUCUUGAGAAUGAAACCGCCACAGGUGUUGAGUUUAUUCACAAUGGCCAAAAGCAUGUCGUCAAAGCCAAGCGAGAGGUCAUCGUCUGCGGUGGCACAAUCAACUCACCACAGAUUCUCGAACUCUCUGGCAUUGGAGACCCAGAGAUCCUCAAAGCAGCUGGUGUCGAAGUCAAGGUCGACCUCCCCUCGGUCGGCACAAACUUUCAAGACCACGUCGUCGGUGGCACCGUCUACCAGCUCGCACCCGGUCAAAUAUCGGGAGAGAUCAUCUUCAACCCAGAUGUAAUGGCAGCGGCGCAAAAGGAACUCGCCGAGGAACAAGGAGGCCCGUUGACAGGAAUCCAAGGCACUCAGGGAUUUUUCCCGGUGUCGCUGUUCCUCGAGGACGGCGAACUCGAGGAGAUCGUCAAGUCGAUUGAAUCGACCAAGCCCGCGACGCCCUUCCAAAAGAAACAAUGGGACCAAGUCAUCGCGCACCUUAAGAACCCGAAAUCCGCCAAUCUCCAAUUCGUCUUCAUCAGCGUGACCGGUGACUUCGAAAACGGCACGUCCGACCAGACCAAACUCUGGCCCGUGCCAGCCUCGCCCGACCAACCCCACGGCAUCAGCCUGGCCAUCUGCAUGCAAUACCCGGUCGCGCGGGGGACCAUCCACAUCAAAUCAUCAGACCCGGCGGAACACCCGGCCGUGGACCCGAACUACCUCAACCACCCAGCAGAUGUGGCGGUGCUGGCGGCGGGCCUGAAGUUCGCCGAGAAGCUGAUCGGCGCGCCCGCGCUGGAGGGCAAGGUCAGCACGCGCGUGCAUCCGGACCCGGCACGCUUCCCGCUGACGACGGUCGCGGAGCGCCGCGCCGCCGCAGAGGAGUACUGCAUCGGCGAGUACCACGCGUGCGGCUCGUGCGCCAUGGGCAGCACGGUCGACUCGCACCUGCGCGUCUACGGCGUCAAGGGCCUGCGCGUCGCCGAUGCCUCCGUCUUCGCCAACAACGUCAGUGGCAAUAUCGUCAGCAGUGUCUAUGCCGUCGCCGAGAAGGCCGCCGAUCUCAUCAAGCAGGAUUGGGACUAUGCUGCACUGAAUAAGGCGGUGAAGGCUUGA